UCAUUAUGCGUACUAUAGUAGUCUGGUUUAUUUUUAAACAAAUUACGUAAACAAAACAGAAUGUUUUUGCUGUUGUGUCUGUCGACCGCUGAUGAUUGUUCAGAUUUUUUUUGUGUUCAGAGGAUUUGCGCUUGCCGAUUCGCUAGUAUUGCGUCAACUGUUGCAGCACAUACAACAAUUUCGUAAUUUUUUUCUGAUUCGAUCAUUCAUGAAAAUGGAAACAAAUAGUCAUUCUAUUUUACGUAUGGCCGGCCGAAUGGUCAAUGUUGUAGCAGUGAUAGGUCAUAUUGUAAUUUUUAUUCUCGGUAUUUUCUAUCCUCCACCACUGUUCGCAAUAAAUCUAUUGAUGCAUUUAUCAUGGCUCUAUGGGCAUGAGAGGAAAAAAAUGGUGUUCAUGGCGGUGCCAGUGUACUUGUGGAUUUUCACAGCCUGUCUCAGCAUUUUUAUCAUGUGUUUUUUUGGCCAUGAAUCUACAACCGAUGAUAUCAUUUACGCUGUAGUAGCAUUAAUAAUAUUUUUAAUCUUUUACACAAUUACAAUAUUGGCCACUUAUGCAACGAAAAAAAUUAUUGUGAGCAAUCAGUCAAGUCAGGCAUAAAUCGAAUAUCCUUAAGUAUCCAUGUAAUUCUAAAAGCCUUGGCAUUUUUCAAAAAAAAAAAAAUUUUGAUCAUUUAUUAAAUAUUCAAAAAAAUUAAAUUAAAAUAAUUCGUUGCAAUUUGAAAUGUUCAAUUGUGAUAAUUUUUUUUUGUUAUUUAAGUUUAAGUCAUCAACAUACAAAUUGGGCUUUGAGCCAGCAUUUUCAUUACAUUUUAUUUGAGUAAUAUAAACAAACUGUAUGCUGUUUUUCUGAAUAAAUAAUAAUAAUAAUAGAAAUUCCACACAA